GGCGCCUGCUAAGGUUGCUAUCUAAUACGGAAGCAACGCAGCGUGCGAUCUGGUAGCAAUAAGUCUACAAAAGAAGGCGCCCUUUCUUGUUGUGAAAGGAAUUGGAGGCGGAUGGACAAAGUUUCGGAUUGGGACUAGGAUUAGGAUAAGGACCCCUUCCACAGCUAUUUGUGAAAGCAAGAAGUGAUCUUAAAGUCUGCAGGUGCCCCCAUUCUGUGUCAGCAGUGCCACUCACUCAACCACCAUGUCGGAUGGCCGGAUCUAUGUGGGGAAUCUUCCCAUGGAUGUCCAGGAGAGAGACAUUGAGGAUCUCUUCUACAAAUAUGGAAAAAUCCGUGAUAUUGAAUUGAAGAACAAUAGAGGAACUAUCCCCUUUGCCUUCAUCCGAUUUGAAGACCCACGGGAUGCAGAUGAUGCUGUCUAUGGAAGGAAUGGAUAUGGAUAUGGAGACUCCAAGCUACGUGUAGAGUAUCCUCGAUCCUCUGGCGCUAAAUUUGGUGCUAUGGGAGGUGGUGGUGGUGGUGGAGGUGGUGGAGGAGGAUCUAGGGGAAGGUUUGGACCCCCAACUCGAAGAUCUGAAUUCCGGGUCAUAGUGACUGGGUUACCACCAUCUGGGAGCUGGCAGGAUCUGAAGGAUCACAUGCGUGAGGCGGGAGACGUUUGUUUUGCAGAUGUGCAGCGUGAUGGUGAGGGCGUGGUGGAGUUUCUCCGUCGAGAGGACAUGGAGUAUGCAUUGCGCAGACUGGAUCGGACUGAGUUCCGUUCACAUCAAGGCGAGACUGCUUACAUCCGCGUCUAUGAGGAGAGGGGCACUCCCAACUGGGGUCGAUCACGUUCCCGCUCCAGAUCCAGAGGUCGCUAUUCACCUCCCUACAGAGGAUCUCCCCCUCCACGCUACCAGUCACCUCCACGCCAUGCUAUGUCGCGCCAUAGUCCGCCCCCAAGGAGGCACCCGCCGCAGCACCAUAGCCCACCGCCACGUCAUUACCGAUAGAAAGGUCUUGUCAUUUGUGGAGGAAUUGAGGAAAAGGUUUUGUAAUUCAACUUUUUAUUUUAUUUUAAUUUUUUAACCCCAGGCCUCCUUGUAGGAUACAUCAUGGUUAUUUCUUGCUACAAUACAUUCCGUGGUCAGGAUCGCCUAAACACACCCUGUUCCUCUCACAGCCUUGAAAAUUUUUUUUCUUUAAAUACUCAUACGUGUUAUCUGGAAGUGGAAUCGUUUUUUUUUUCUUUUGCAAGGUUAAUGUAUCUGAUAAUUGAAUAACAUAUUGGAGGUUUCUUUUAUAAAGAAAUCCUGGGUUGUGAUGUCAGACCUUCACAGGAACCAGGACACUCAUGUAAUGUUAUAUAGUCCAAACAAAUGACACAGCUCUGCAGCUAUCAGGCUCAAAGGUCAUAGUGCAUCUUAAAUUCUAGAUUAAAUUUUCCUUUUUAUGUCAUAUGUCUGUGGCUUUAAGUACAAUUAUUGUUAUGCCAGUCUAAGAACCUGUGAAGCAGCCAAUAUCCUCCAAUGAUUCAAAACAUUGAAAAUCAGUGAGCCUUUUAGGGUAAGUGACACAUGCUGACUGUGAGCCUCACCUGUCAGAUUAUUUUUUUUAAUGUGUGAACCUCUGAUGGAGGUGGCCUGUGGGUGAACUAUAAUUUGAAUGCAUCUGUUUUUUUUUUUUUGUUCUUUAACAAUAAAAUGCAAACUUUUA